GAAAUAUUAAAAUGUAUAAAAUGAGUCAAAAUUAUUCCAAUUUUUUUUUGAAAACGAAAUAACAAACGUCAUUGUGAUCGUCCAUCAUAAAAUAUGACAUGGACUUACAUUAAUGUUUAAAAUAUUUCAAUUAGUUCAUUAGAAAUACAUUGAAAAAAAUAUAUCGCUAUAUACUGAAUAAAAGUGGUUUAUUUUAUUUAUUUAAUAUUAUAUUAUUUUUAUGUCAACUAAUACGAAGAUCAUAGUUCUAACCUAAACGUCAACAAUUAACUACUAUCUUUUAAAUUUAUUAUAUCUCCAAAUUGUCAAACAUUUCCAGAUUAUCAUUAAUUUCCAUAAAAUUCUACUACAAAAUGAAUUUACCACGAAUAUUAAUAAUAAGCACCGAAGAAGGAAAAGCUAAUGAAAUUGCUACGAAUAUUGGUGGAGAAAAAUUAUCUACCCAAGACCAUUUUGAAUAUUAUUUAUGGAAUAUUCAAAACAAAUAUUACAAAACGCAAGUGUUAAUAUGUGUUACAGAAAAUCCUUCCCAAGAUAUUUCAGUUGAUGAUAUAGAAGCAUUGAUUGUAUAUCAUGAUCCACAGGCAGAAAAUGCAGAUCAGAAUUUAAAAAAAUGGUCAUCUUUGAUUGCUUCUUUGGCAGAAGCUGAUGUACUACUGUUUUCUUGUAAUUUUAUAACAGAUACUAUUAUUAGGAACAAAGUGAUAAAGUGGUGUCUACAAAAUAAAUUUGAGCUGAUUGAAUUAAAUAGACCUGAUGUAGAUGCUUCAGAAGCUGAUUCAGAAAAUAACAAAUAUGGUAUUGAGAGGAUUAUUGAAGCUUUACACGCUCAUAUGUGGCCAAAUAUGAUACUUAAAGGAAAAUCAUCGAAUGUGGAAGAACAAACUCUUGAUAUGAAUGAAGUUGAAGAGCAGUUUGAAAACAUUGAAUUGAGUCAAGAUUCUACAGAAACAUUACCAGUAGAGAAUAUGUUGGAUGGAAUUAUGGGUGAAGAAAAUGCAGAUUUUGGAGAAUUAUUUAGUCAAUUGAGAGCUAUGAAAGAACAUGCAGCAAUGUUGCCGACUAAUCAAAGACGAAUAGCAGCUGAACAAUUAGUCACUGCUUUCUGGAAAGCAAUGGGUGGUGAUCCAUCAGAAAUGGAAGAUUAAUUCGUAUAAUCAUGCAAUGCAUACGAAUUCAUAUUGGAACUUUGAUAUUUUUGAUGUAUUAAUUUUUAAGUAAAGAGCAGCAAGAAAGUUCUUAUGACAGUUAAUUGUGAAAUAUUCGUUGUUUAAAUAAAAAUCGGACGUAACGCAACAACGUUAAAUUGCAAUAAACAUAAUUAUUAUGUUUUGCAUAUUGCAAGCAUAAAAUCAAAAGACAUAAAAAGUACAGUUAAAUUUGCAAAUAUUCUACAGUUGAACUUAUUAUUUUAAACGAUCUCUUUUUAUAUAAAUAUUCUCGUCGAAACUUUAUAAUUUCAUUAUGGACGCAGUUAAAUUAAGUAUAACAUAAAAAUACAGUAUUUAAAAUCAAACGUUGAUUAAUGUGAAGUUCUUAUUUGUAGGUACAAAUCUGUGCAUAAGUCUGAAAUUAUAAAAUUAUAAUCUUUUUCAAACAUCAGACCGAAUGAAAUAAACAGUAAUGCUUUGCUAAAUGAUCACGGACUUUAUCCAGUAACCAAGGAAAGUAUUUUAAGAAAUUCUGAGUACAUAUCUCUUU